UGAAGCCGCGAGUCACUAUACUUCUCUAGAUAAUGAAGAUGAUGGCAGUUAUUGUGGUAUUGAGGAGUGGUGAAGUUCAAUUUCCAAAUUCCAGUGGUAAUGGCUUACUCCCCGACUCUAAUUGCAGUGGGAUGACAUACUAACCACAACAAUGAUAGUAGAACCAGUGGCAUAGGAAACAUUCAUGUCUACUAAUAUGAAGAUAAUGGUAGCUGUAAUGCAUCCAACGAAUCAUAGUUAAUGGGUUUGCAUUUUUCUUUUGUCCGCAUCUCUGCUCAUUUUUUACAGAACUACAUACUUCUUGCAUUAUUAAUGUGUGGAAAUUUCAAUACUAAAUUUAUAAUGUCAUCAAAAACUUUUUAAUUUUAUCGCUGAAUUGGGUUAUGAAAUACUUCCUUAGCUUUCAUUACAAAAGAAUAAGAACAGAAAAAACAAAAUAUUGGGAUAGAUUCAUAAAAUCUUUGCGACCCAACAAACUGGGUUCUGCUGAGAUAGAACAAGGCUGAGGUGCAUUCAGGAUGAACAGGCAAAGUCGUUUCUUUAGUUUAGUUUGACCUCUCUUAUAUACAUUGUACAGCUGUAUCAAGUUAGCUUGUUUUUCUAAUCAAAUGUUCGAAUGAGAUUGGCCCGCUUGAGAUUGAUGAUAAAUAUUUGGAACUAAUAUGAUCUUUGGAUUUUGGUUUUAAGAAAGAGUUUUUACUCGGUCCCUCACUUAUUUUACCUUAUAUUUUCCUACCAUUAGUUGGACCACGCGUGCUAUGGAUGGUUGUAGUUUUGUACAAUAAUAGAAGAUUAUAUCAAAUGAUAAAGAAACGACUUAGGAGGUUCAAGUUCAAUCUCUUUACUUUACACAAGACAUACCAUCCUCGCCCUGUAUCCUAUGAGGCAGCAAUGAUAUAGGAUCAUACUAAAAUUGUUGGACACUCUGUCAAGCAAUCUGGAAUACUUCGUGAUGUGCUUAGAAAGAUGAAACAGCAGAUAAGACUCCUUUUACUGUCAAAUCAAGAAACGAAACAGUUGUAUAAAUUGGAAUAUGGGCUGCCUCUCCCCUUCCCCAAACGUUCAAGCCCUAAUGAUGUACAUGAUGGAAAAUGUACAACAUGAUUACGAUACCAGUAUUACAAUUUUGGGUGUAAAUAUGUCUUUUGACUACCAAUUAUAGAGCAUGAUAUGUUUUACUGAUACCAGAAAUCCCCCAAAACCCUCUUCACUGACCCAGGCUUGAUACUGAGCUUCUAGCAAACUCUACAAUCUUUAGGAGUUAGGAAGCUCCAGCAAAUAGUUAGGUAGGUACCUGAGGUGGUAUAAAGAAGUCUUUUGCAUGAAGGCUAAUAUUAGUUAUUGUUCUUAUAAAUAGAAAUAUCUAACGUGGUAAGGUGCUACAAAUACACAAUUGAAAUGUAAUUUAGUAUAUGCAUUCGGUUUUACUGACAAUCACCACGUCUUCCUUCUCACCCCCUGAACCUAGAAAAGAAGAAGAUCCGGUCUUAAAGUUUGUUUUAUUUAAUUGCAGAUAUAUCUAUAGUUUGCAUAUGCCUUUUGGGAUGUCAUGCUUUUGAUGUAGGGGAAACAUUAAAUUGAAGUUUAGAACUUAAAAAAAGAUGAAUGUGAUCCAUGAUGGGCUUGAGAACUCAUGAUUAAGGAUGAAAGUAUUUGGUAAAAACUUGCAGAAGGAAUUGCAGAAUGUAUUGUUUCUGAUAUAGUGAGUUACUUCUACAGUAGGUUUGGUCAAGUGAUCUUUCUGAAAUAGUUGAUACAUGAUAGAAGCUCAUCUCUCCUUUGAUGAUGCUAAGAAAUUGAUACUUGGAUAAAUGAAAUGAACCCUGAACAUUUCUAUUUCUGAACUCUAUCAUGUAAGAUCAAAUAUGGACAUAACACAUAUCAUCAUAAAGUAAUUGAUGAUUAGCUUAAUAUCAAUCCUAGUUUAACAUGGAUACAAACAGUAAAUCAAUACUAGUGACUUAAUGAAGUAGUGUAUCAAUUCAUUAAGGAUAGUAAUCCAUUGCUUAGUCGACAAGAAAGGUUAUAAGUUGUGAUACAUUAGGAAUCUAAUAGUGAAACCUAAACCGACAAGGAAUGCUUUAAUGGGAAGCUUCUUGAGGUUUAAGUUUCAUAUAUAUAUACAGAUGAAUUGGUCCCUGAUUACUACCACGACUAUUGCAUAAGUUCUGUCCAUUGAGAAGCAAGUUGGUAAGUAACAGAAGACCACAUUCAGUGAUCGAGUUAAGCAGUUGCAUAAGAUGGAAUCCAUGUCUGUUAUUGCUGAAGGUAACUCUUACAUGAACUUGAACAGUGUCUUGAUGUUAACUGGAACCAACUAUAGAGCUUGGCUAGACUCUGUGGAAAAUUAUAUGGGAAUGCAUGAGAACAUAGACUACUGCUUUACUGAGAAUAAGCCUGAAGAGUUAAAUGAAAAGAGCACCAAGAAAGAUACUGACCUUUACAAGAAGUGGCAUAGAUCCAAUAGAAUGGCUAAGAACCUCAUCAGAACAUCUAUGUCUAAGACUGUCAGGGGAAGUAUAGAAGAGCCUGAGCUAGCAUCAGAUUUUCUGGAACUCAUAGGUGCUAAGUUUAAAGAAAGUGAAAAGGCAGAAGCAGCUAGGCUGACUAAGGAGUUUCAUGAUUUGAAGUACAUGGGUUCAGGGGGAGUUAGAGAGCAUAUUAUGAAGAUGAUCAAUAUAAAUGGCAGACUCAGGGAACUCUUAAUGGGGGUUAGGGAUGAGCAAGUAGUGCAUUAUGCACUACAUUCCUUGCCUAACAGUUUUAGUCAUCUUAGGACCAGUUACAACUCUCAAAAGGGAAACUAGACUCUAGAUGAACUUAUAUCCAUCUGUGUGGAUGAGGAAUCUAGGAUCAAGGAAGAAAAGGAACCUGCUACAACCAUUAACCUCAUUGAGAAGCCUAAAAGGAAAAAGCCCCAGAACAAGCUCAAGCCUACCAAAGCCAUAACUAAGAGUUCAACAGCUGCAGUGGCCAAGGAAAACAGGCCAUUCAGGUUCAAGUGCUACUUUUGCAAAAGAGUAGGACACAUGAAAAAGGACUGCACUGGCUAUAAGAAUUGGUUAGCCAAAAAGGGGAUUCAUAAGGAGGAGAAUCCCAAAAAGUGAUGAAGUGAACCUGUGUGUAGGCAACGGCAUGAGAGUGGCAGUCAAGGCUAUUGGAACCUUAAAGCUCGAUUUAGGAUUAGGAAAAUUAUUAGUUCUGGACAAUGUUUUUUAUGUACCUUCCAUGAGAAGGAAUUUGGUUUCAGUUUCUCUUUUAGUAAAAUCUGGUUGUAGACUUGUUAUGGAUAGUAAUGGAAUUCUUAUUUCUAAAAAUUCUGUUCAAAUUGGUUCUGGUGUUAUUA